AUGCUCUUCCGCUCCGGUGUUCCACGAACAGACCAGGGUUACAUUUACGCAAAUACUAGCGGUGAUGCGGCUGCUCUAGUACAGGUCAACCUUGGAGUAGACGCGAUUUUCGCAAGGUUCAUUGACAAAAGCGAUGAUGCGAAUGUUUUGGCUGAUCAAAUGAGGGCAGACAUCUCGUUACUCCAACCACAACACAUCGAUAUUGAUGACAAAGCUGGUCAGUUAGCCAAUGUUGCUUUUUCUUACCUAUCCACA